CUCUGGUAUCAGCGAUCGAAGCGCCUGUAUUUCGUGUCGUGCGUAUAAAGUUGAGUUCGCGAGCAGGAGAAGUCGUUUAAACUGUUCAUGAUUUAACACAAGAUUGUGGCUUUAAAAAGUGUCGUCUCGAUUAAAUUAUAUUUAGACCCCGCUGGCCAAGAAUAUCAUACCAAAAGUGAUAUGAAGAAGGAAAGACCGUGACAGGGAGAAUUUGAAGAUAAGAGUAGCCUCGGUGAAUGCAGGAAUAUGCCUUCAGCUACCGGAAUAAAGAAGCAGAGUAAAUUAAAAGCAGGUUUCAAGUGGAUGAAAAUACAUGCAAUAAAGGAGGUCUUUUGUAGAAGUCUUGUUGAUAAUGGUGUAAUAAUACAUAUUGAAAAAGAUGCACAUCUACUAGAAGGUGGGACCAACCCAAUAGGGCAGCAGAAGGGAGGAGGGACUAUGCCCAGUAAUGAAGAAUGUGGUAUUAGAGAUGUAUGGGGACACAACCUGGAAGAGGAAUUUCGCACAAUUCGUCAAGUUGUACAGCAAUAUCAAUACAUUGCAAUGGAUACAGAAUUUCCUGGUGUUGUAGCUAGACCUAUCGGUGAAUUUAGAACUAAUGCCGAUUAUCAAUAUCAGCUCUUACGUUGCAAUGUAGAUCUUUUGCGAAUAAUUCAACUUGGUCUCACAUUCCUUGAUGAAUCGGGGAAUACGCCGGGCGGUAGUUAUACAACAUGGCAAUUCAAUUUUAAAUUCAACUUACAUGAAGACAUGUAUGCACAGGAUAGUAUAGAUAUGUUACAAAAUAGUGGUAUACAAUUCAAGAAACAUGAAGAGGAAGGCAUUGAUCCUUUAGAAUUCGCAGAACUGUUAAUGACAUCGGGAAUUGUUCUUGUUGAUGACAUAAAAUGGCUAUCCUUUCAUUCUGGUUACGACUUUGGUUAUUUACUGAAACUCCUCACAGAUCAAAAAUUGCCACAGGAGGAAAGUGAAUUUUUCGAACUGUUAAGGAUAUAUUUUCCGACGAUAUAUGAUGUAAAAUACUUAAUGAAAUCGUGCAAGAACUUGAAAGGUGGUUUACAAGAAGUCGCAGAACAGCUGGAAAUUCAAAGAGUAGGUCCUCAACAUCAAGCCGGGUCCGAUUCUCUUCUUACUGGAAUGGUCUUUUUUAAAAUGCGAGAGAUGUUUUUCGAAGAUAAUAUUGAUGAUGCAAAGUAUUGUGGACACUUAUACGGUUUGGGAACGUCAUUUGUCAUGAAUGGAUCUAGCGGAUACAUGGACAGUAAUGGAGAUAAUGCUUCGACAUCGUAAUGUUAAAGAAAGAAUCAAUCGUAACAGAGAGAUUAUUUCAUUACAAAUAAAAUGUUACAAAAAAAUCUUUUCACCUAAUGAUCAAGCGUAUAGUUCAUAUCCGCAAAAUAUUAUAUCGACAUCAUUGCUGUAGGUUUCACACGAAAAUCAAUUUAGACAAAUCUCUUUCAGAUAUGCGAAUCUUUUUUUUUUAUUUUUUUUUUGGAUUCCAAUACAAGUCUGCGACUCUUUUAUAGAUUCCUUCUGUGUGAUACAUACCAUCAAUCGAAAAUAUUUACACCGAACAGCAAAUUAAAAAAAUGUAAUAUAAUUUUUUUGUAAACAUUUGGACAAUAUUGAUAUAUAAGAUACCAUUACAGUACAAAAA